AUGGGAACCUCACCCCAAGAGCGUCACGUGGGCCGGGCAGAUGGGCACGGCGGAGGCCUGGCCCAUCCUUCAGAGCUGGCGUUUGUCUUGGAGCCCAGCGACGUGAUUGCUGUGCGGGACCGCCCUCUCCUCCUGCACUGCCAAGUGGAGGGCGAGGCGCCCAUCACGAUCACCUGGUCCCGGAACGGAGCGCCCCUCUCGAAUGACAGCCACACCGUCGUCCUGUCGAAUGGCUCCCUGCGCCUGGAAAGCGUCCACCGGCGGCCUCGGGGAGGGGGAUCCGCCGACGCCCCUGCCGACGCCAGCGACUCCAGCGCCGGGGAGUACAGCUGUGCUGCCCAGAACCGCUACGGCCUGCUGGUCAGCCGCAAGGCCCGGGUGCAGAUUGCCACGUUGUCCAAGUUCCACAUGCACCCGGAAUCCAUGUCGGUAGAGGAGGGAGGCGUGGCCCGUUUCCAGUGCUUCAUCCAAGGGGUCCCUGAAGCCACCAUCACUUGGGAGCGCAACCGCACGGCCCUGGUGACAGACGACUACCGGUUCACCUUGCUACCCACCGGCAUCCUGCAGAUCACGGGCGCUCGGCGCUCCGAUGUGGGGACCUAUCGCUGCGUGGCCAGCAACAUCGCCAACACCCGCUACAGCCAGGAGGCCGCAUUGAGCAUCAGUGUUUCAGCUCCCAAGCUCUACAAGGAGCCGGUCAUCCUGUCCGGCCCGCAGAACCUGACCAUCACGGUGCACCAGACAGCCAUCUUAGAAUGCAUCGCUACGGGGAACCCUCGGCCAAUCGUGUCCUGGAGCCGCCUGGACGGCCGUUCCAUCGGAGUCGAAGGAAUCCAGGUCUUGGGAACAGGCAACCUCAUGAUCUCAGACGUGUCGGUGAAACACGCGGGCGUUUAUGUCUGCGCCGCCAAUCGGCCCGGCACCCGCGUGCGCCGUACGGCGCAGGGUAUCCUCAUGGUACAAGCCCCACCGGAGUUCGUGCAGUGGCCCCAAUCCAUCUCCAAGCCGCCAGGCAGCAGCGCCAUUUUCACCUGCGUGGCGCAAGGUGUGCCGGAACCCCACCUGAUCUGGCUGAAGAACGGCAAAGUCCUGGCCCCCGGCGAAAACGUCAAACUCACGCACAACAACAGCACCCUGAUGAUCCAGCGGAUCGCCUCGGCGGACGAGGCCAUCUACCAGUGCAUCGCUCAGAACAGCGCCGGCACCAACCAGGCCAGCGCCCGGCUGGCCGUGGCCUUGUCCAAGGAACUGCCCAGCUCCCCCGAGGGCGUCCAGGCCACCGCCCUCUCCACCACCUCCAUCCAGGUGUCGUGGCUCGAACCCCCCAUGGAGGUGACGGAGGCCAUCAUUGGCUACGUGCUUCACAUCCGCAAGGCUGGAGAGUCCGACAGCCGGGAGCUGCAGGAGGCGGUCAGCAAAACCACCUUCCAGCACGUCUUCACCAACCUGGAGCCCUCCACGACGUACUCCAUCUACCUGAAGGCCUACUCGCCGCUGGGCGCCAGCCAGGAUUCCCAGCCCAUCCUGGCCACCACGCUGGGCAGCAUCCCUGCAGCAUUGGGCUUCUUCACCAAGAUCCUGAACAACAGCGCCGUCCACGUCUUCUGGGAGCUGCCCGCCCGGCCGGGCCGGAUCGAAGGCUUCAAACUUUAUCUCCGGAAGCUGCCCGACGCCCACUAUGAAGGGCCCCAGCUAUUGCCUGGCAUGGCCAACUCCUUCACGUAUAGUGACUUGGAGCCGUCCGCCAUGUACGAGAUCAAACUCCAGGCCUUCAAUGGGAACGGCGACGGGAACAGCAGCGUGAGAUUCGUCUCGCUCAGGGAGAACUCCGAGAGGCUGGAUGUCAACUCGGUGUGCCAGUGCGGGCAGGACGGAGAAAGCUCCCUGGCCGGCGUCGUGGUGGGCGUUCACAUCGGCAUGGCCUGCAUCAUAUUCUGCGUCCUCUUCCUCAUGUUCGGCUACCGCAAGAGCCUGUUCUGUAAGAAAGGGAUCCAAGAAAGCUGGACGGUCCCGCAGGGAACCGAGACGGUCCAAACCACUGCCCGGGAACUGCCCCGGACCCAACGCAAGCCGGAGGACGGGGCAAAACCUUCAGAGAUGGUGGAACUGGUCACUCAGAACGCCCCCUCCUCAGACGGACUCUACAGCCACGACACCCCCCAUUUCGAAGUGACCGUCGAGCGCUGCCCACCUUCCCAGCCCAGCGGCUAAGCCAACGCCGGUGGGGGCACAGAGCAAGGGGGGCCCUGAUUCGGAGCCACGGUGGCGGCUCCGUGGAAGUCAGGCCUCCCCUUUGCCCCGCUGCCCACCGGAGUCCGACCGUAAACCUCCAAAGAAUCUACCUCACCUCUGCCGGACCCCUCAUGUCCGGCCCAGCCGCCACUCGAGCCUGCCCCCCCCCCCGCCCCAACAUUGUCCCGGAUUAUCUAUUUUUGAUACAAAUACCAAAACUACCUCAACCUGCCAGCCACUCUGGCUGCCAAAUAUGUCCCCCCCCCUCUCCUCCUCACAAAAAAGGGGGCGGGGCAAUGCCAGAGAAGGGAAUUUGGGGACCAGCUUCGCCAUGGCAACGGGAAGAUUCCCAGGGCCGGAGGCAGCCAUGUCGAGAGGAA